GCUACCACAACCACCAGCACUCCUGCCACCACUACCACAAUUCCUACAACCACCACCACCACCACUACUACUACUACUACUACUACUACUACUGCGUUCCCGCCCUGCAACAUCACCAGAUCGAGACUAGAGGACAAAGGCUGCGUCAUCCAUUCAUCAGGAGUAAACAAGACUGAGAUUCAAAUUAUUCUUGACGUCCACAACAGACUGCGCGCCAAGGUGGCGUCUGGCAAUGAAACACGUGGGGCGCCGGGGCCACAACCUCCUGCAGCAGACAUGGAACAGCUGGUGUGGAACCCGGAGUUAGCAUGGGUCGCGCAGAGAUGGUCGGACCGGUGUGUGUUUGAGCACGAUAGUUUUGCUGACCGUAAGAUCUGCUCAAGAGACUACGAGGUGGGACAGAACCUUUACUACAAGUGGGAAGGGAGAAAAAUUUCGAAUUGGAAACUUGCUGUGGAAUCUUGGUACAAUGAAGUAUAUUUCUUUAACAAGGAUUCCACCUCGUCCUUUAUGCCCAACGAUUCAGCUGUCAUCAGUCACUACACGCAGGUGGUGUGGGCGUCGACGAAGGAGGUGGGUUGCGGCGCCACCUACUACGUGCCCUUCAUGAACGGGAUCAGCCGACUGUACGUGUGCAACUACGGGCCGCGCGGCAACCAGGUGUAUGGUGCACUUUACAGGCAGGGCGCCCCAGGCAGUCUGUGUAGCGGCGCCGUGACGCAGGACGGCCUGUGUGUGUGA